AUGUUAUUGCUAGCCGCUUACGCAGUCGCUGUGCUUAGCAAGGCUGCGUUCGGGACACAGCUCUCGAUAUAUGAACGUCGAACUAAGUCUUCGGUAACGGAGCGUGUCUGUGGUGUAGUAGAGAGUGACACAGAUUAUACAUCACUUACUGUCUCCUUUUCAAAAAAUGGAACAAACAUGACCUACAGCUGGUCUACGGGAGUUACGAGCGAUUGUGUCACGUUCUUGGAUGGAGCUCUGGAACCCUGCAAGGGCCCUUCUCCCUUAUAUUGCGAGUAUCUUGAUUUCUCUUUCAAACCGCCGUCAAGUGGCGUGGCGUCGACGCAGUACUCCGACCAGCCGCGCUCAUCGAGCGUAGAUGGAUGGGGACCAGAAUCCAGCACCGUUGGCUUAGGCACCACCCGGUCAUCUAUUGAGAUUAUUUCACGGCAGACACUCCGCACCAGUACGCUCUCUCAGGCGCCAAUCACAGGCUCCGCUCAGAAAUCUCCAUCAGCACAAUCCGGUACGAUGCGGGCAACAUCGACUGCUGCCUCCCCAGUGUCAUCCACAUCCACUGGGUCAACUCUCUGUGUCGUAAAGGAAAGCGACCUGGAUAAGGGAGUCUGUUACUGUCUUGAUCAAACCACGGUGCCGUAUUCCAGCUCUGAGUGUAGCGUCUUCGGUGACUGA